UUAUUCAUUACUUCUUGCCGGUCAUGAAGAACUUGUUGCCGAACUGCACGAGGAAACAAAGACUUUUAUUCCUCGAGAAAGAGUCAAUAAAGAUGAAGUUAGCAUAUUGUUUGAUAUUAUUAGAUUAAGAGAUGAAUCCGGAGGUCAUGACGAGCAAACUGCGAUGGCUGAAUUGUUGAAUUGUAACAUAGUAACUGUUUCUAUACUAGAUAAUGAAGCCGGAGGUCAUUAUGUUCCUCUUGUGCCAAAUGAAGAAGAAUUAAAUAAUUCUCUGUACUUGGCUAAACUUUUAUUGAAACAGACAAUUGCUGCCGCGGCCAAACAAAAAGACAUUAGAGCUGAUAAACCUCCGCUUUUAACUGAUUAUGAGACCGGGGGAACAGCAGACGAUUUAGAACUAAUUAAAAAAGUAAUUAGAAAAAUUAAGGACGAUAAUCCCGGAGACCAAAAUAAAGUUCAUGGCCAAAUAGAAGAAUCGUUGCAAGAAAUCAUUAUUGCGGGAAAAAUGACUUUUGAAUUGACAAUGGAAGGGCCUUUUACUUUAUCCUUUGAACCCUAUAAAGUAGCAGCCGAUCAAAUACAAGAAGCGGUUAACUUAGCCGGAGAAAUCAGCACUAAAACAGCUGCUAACUAUGAUGAUUUAACCGACAACUCUCCCGGUAGUAUUAUUUUUAAAAUGGUCCGUUUAGAUGAUAACAAACUUCCUGACGAGGAUAUUGAAGUAGAAAAUUGGGAUCCGUCGUCUAUUGGUGAAUCUAGUGAAAACAUUGGUAAAGCCCACUAUAAAGGAGGACCUUUAAAUGCCACUGAAAUUGCUCUAAUUAAAAGUUCCACCACUCGCGAAAAAGUAGCAGAAAAUCAAAAUAAAAUUACUUUUCGCCGAGAAUUUCGAACGGUCGGAGGAAAUGCGGCUUUACCGGAUACGCCAGAGAAUAAUACCUUAAUUGAUAAUUACAAUAAAGACGGCAUAACCGGAACCCAAGCCGGCAAUGCUUAUAAUCAAGAAGAAUAUUUAGAAGGAUCUACUAAUGACAAUCGUGAUCUGCGAAAUAGAGAUAGUGUAUACACUCGGCAAAAGAAAAUAAAAGUAUUAGCCUACAAGGCAGCUUUCAUGCAGGCUCCACCGGGAAAUAACAACGGACGAUUUUUUGGUCCAAAUGGUCCGGUGAUAGCUGAUCGGAGUGGAGAGAUUGUUGGUUGGUUUACGACUAAAUUAACCCCGGUUGAUGCUCGUCGUGCCUUUGAAAAUGCCCAGUCCUGGAUUAGUGAUACCGGGCAGAUAACUUAUUUUCUUGAUCCGGUUGAUGUGGUAAAUACUGCUCGGGAAGAAGCCCUUUACUUCCUUGCUGGAAAAAUGGUUCCUCUUUACCAAAGUAAUGGGCAAACAACUCGCAAUUUUAAUCCGCUAAAAGUGAAACGAAACCAACUAGAGGAGGCUCAUCAAAUUCUUACGGCUAUUGCUGGUGAAAAUACUCUUAACAAUUUAAAAGACGAUAGCGACCUGGCCAGACGAAUUGCUUUAUUAGAGGACUAUUGA